AAAAAAAAUCAUAUACUGAUUGAUACGUACGUCUUCGUGGACUGUUUAAUUUUGUGUUUCUGUCUUUUGUGAAAAUAAAUAUAAAUUCAAUUAGUAGACAUUCGCAUUUACGUAGAUAGAAGCAAGUGAUGUUCUAGGGUGAUCCUUCACUAGGUCCAUACUAUUAGUUUUAAUCGAGAUUUGGUUUGUGUUAUUCUUUGUUAUUUGAGAUAUCCGAUUAUUGUGAUUCAUCUUUGCAUCACAAUGCCUAUUUUAUUCAGUGUGGUGGCCCGAGGCACAGUUGUAUUGGCCAAAUUUGCCUCGUGUGCAGGGAAUUUCACGGAAGUCACGGAACAAAUAUUGUCGAAAAUUCCGCCCCACGAUGAUAAAUUAACGUACUCUCAUGGGAAUUAUUUAUUUCAUUAUAUUGCUGAAAACAAACUGGUGUACUUCUGCAUCACUGAUGAUAAAUUCCAACGUUCGAGAGCAUUCCUCUUCCUCAAUGAGAUCAAACGAAGGUUUACUGCAGCUUUUGCGGAAACGGCCCAGACUGCUAUCCCUUAUGCUAUGAAUGGAGAGUUUGCCAGAGUCCUGGCGGCUGAAAUGAAACACUACACAGAGUCUGGAGACCUCAACACUAUAUCUACAAUAUAUGGAGAACUCGAUGAACUGAAAAACAUCAUGGUUAAAAAUAUAGACAAUAUGGCGACUCGGGGCGAAAAAUUAGAGCUGCUUAUCAACAAAGCUGAUAACUUGGCCACAAAUUCUGUUUCCUUCAAUGGCACCGCGCGGACGUUGCAGCGCAACCUCUUCUGGAAGAACAUCAAAAUGUACGUGAUCAUGGCGCUCGUGGCCGCUCUGGCCGUGUACUUCAUCGGCGCUAUGGCGUGCGGGGGCCUGGCGUGGAAAACCUGCGUCGGUUAGACUUUGCUAUAUGAGAAUAAUAAAAUAAGGCGUAUAGAAGCAACGAACGAUCCAGGCGUCAUUUAAAACUGCACUAUUGUGGGACCAAAAUCAAAGUGCUUGCAGAGUCGUAAAUGAUUAAGCCGGCCGCCUCACUCGCUUGCGGCCUCUAAUAACGAUGCGUGAUGCAGCUCUCUCAUUUUCAUUUAUAUUGCCCGAAAACCAACGUACCAGUGGUUUUGGCCUCACAAUAGUAAGAACGGUACAGUUGACAUCACAGAUCAUUCAUAUAAAUUACAUACUGAAUAAAGAUCGAUUUGACUUGUCGAAUAAAGUAAUUUAAGUCGCCAGACCAAUUCUCUGUUGAUAGAUGAAGAAGGCUUUAUUCUAUGAUAAUAUAACUAAUUUGAAAUAAAAAUAUAAACCGCAUCGUACUGGUCAUUCAAACGGAUAAUUAUUUGCAUGAAACGCGAUGGUAAUUUAACUAAUUUACCAGGGUACUAGUAAUUUCAGUACACAUUUACCAGUUUAGAUUUCAUUUCCUAUUCGUUAAAUGGCUUGCAAUGAAAUUAUUACCUCGGUUAUCAUGUUUUUAACAUUCUUACAUAACCUUGGGUUAAACUACUCAUUACUUUAACCCAAGUAAGUUAGUUACACAGGUAUUAUUAUGUACAUAUGUAUUUAUAGCCUUACGACGAAACCUUAAUAUGCAUGUCGAUAAGGGUAUUUAAUUCGAACCAUUAUAGAAAGUAUCAUAACAAUCGGCACACUAGUUACGAUUUAUUAAAACAAUAAAACAUAUACAUUUUAAAACUAAUUAUAAGAUAAACUGUACGUCAAAUGGCGGUAGAUGAAAACUUUUUUCACGCAUGUCACGCAUUCGUAGUUUUUUUUUUAAUUCAGAGACAAACUAGAGUCUGCCUAUUUCAGUAUCAUUUGAUACAAAGUAACAUGCGAGAUUUGUCAAAAUGGGGUUGGCCGGUCGAAGUAUUAAACAGAUGGCGCCAUCAUAGCUUGCCCUGUCAAUCCCUAGAAUUGUGUCAAAUUCUUGUUUUUUUUUUUGGAAUUUUGUGACCUGGAUUCAAGUACUUUAAGCCAAAUAUCAUAGAACAAAACUAGAGACAGGGGCAAGCUAUGAUGGCGCCAUCUAUGCAAACCUUUGACAGUUGCCAACCCCAUUGUAUGCAAUUGACAUUUCAUUUAGAACAAAAAGGCAUCUCGACUGAUAUUAGAAUCGAAUUGCUUUUUUACAUAGAUGUUCCUGUAGUAAUGAAGCAAUUACAACAUUAUCACAGGCAAGAAAUUUGUUGUAACAAAACAGUUUAUCGUCAUGUUAGCAAUUAUUUAUGGAUUUUGAAGGCAUCAUAGAGGGUUCAUGAUAUAGCGAAUUUCACAACCCGUUCUUAGUCAGAAAGUUGCAUGACCUCUGGAUAAACACUACAUCGCAUCUACACGCUAACAUUAUUUAUUAUUGUUUUGGUUAAUGUAAUGAUUAUUUAAAUGACCAACACAUGUUCACGUUAAAAAACAAUUGUAGCUAUUUUAACGUAUUAAUAUCAGUUAAGGUGCUUCAUAUUUAUUUCAACAGCGUAUAAUGCACCGAACAACUAGGUACUUAUACCUAGACAAUUUGAACUGGGUACCUAAGCCUAAUUUUGCGAAGUAAAAAAGCAAACUCAUACAUGAAAAACUACAAGAACUCAUAAAAAAAAGAUUUGAAAAGAUUCUAUUGAGUGCGAAAGGCCACUUUGGCCAAUGUGUGAUUUAAAUUUUUACUUAAUGUGCGAUACAAACGUACUCGCAUUUGAAAUGCACUCACGAAAUUGAACGAAAAUUACGUGAGUGACCCCUUUAAUAUUGUAGUGUGUGAUUGUGUUUUUAUGCAAAAUUUAGAAAAAGCGGUUAAUUAAUAAAUUUAGAUCUUUUAUAAUGCUUGCAAUGUUUGGCACCUAUGCGCUGUCGCCACUGUCACGAUGAAAAAGUUAAAUUCUCCCAAAUUUUCAAACGACUUAAAUAUUCGCCGUAUGUCACUCCAGCACGAUGCCGCUUAAAAUUUGACCGUAUUCCAAUAUAUGUGAAUUGGAAUUUCUUUGCUAGCGAUGAAAAUAUAUAACAUAACGUGUACCUACGGCAGUAAUUUGUCGUACUUUGAAAGGGUUAUUAUAUAAAACGUAGAUCCAAAGCUACUCGAACAGAAUAUAGCUAAUAUUAUAUGCACCUUUUCUAUAUGUUUGUAGAUACUUAUGGAAGGUUUCCCAAUAAGUUUGUCCGAUGUUGAAACAGGAUAAAUAAAAACCGGCCAAGAGCAUGUCGGGCCACGCUCAGUGUAGGGUUCCGUAGUUACUCUUCCGUCAUAAUAAGCUAAACUGGAGCUUAAAGUAUAGUAAAUUGUUAACCAAGGGAUGAAACGGUACCUUUCACGCGAGUUAAACAAAUAUGCAAAUUUGCAUAAUCAGUACCUAAAGUAAGUCUUUUUACUAUGGGUAAACUUUUUGCGAUAACUCAAAAACAGCUAAACUGAUCAUGUCCGCUAUAGUUUUCAUUUAAUGUCUUUCUUAAGCUCUACUUCCACGAUUUUUUUCAUAUUUUUUGGACCUAUGGUUCAAAAGUUAGAGGGGGGGGGACACAUUUUUUUUCUCUUUCGGAGCGAUUAUCUCAGACAGACAGACAGACAGACGGACAUGGCGAAACUAUAAGGGUUCCUAGUUGACUACGGAACCCUAAAAACUGAGUGACAGCUAACUGACCAUUCGUGAACCUUGUUGCACCGAGAUAAGAUUUAGCCAAUGAUCAGUAAGUUGUUGCUGCCUGUGUUUACGAAAUUAUUUACCACAAUUAUUUAUUUAGAAAUAGCAUGAUUUGUUCUCACGGGAUGUUUGCGAUAGGGCCUAACUCGCAAUAAUGACUAUGCGAUAUAAGUCGGACAAAUUGUGGCAUCAAUAAUUGAAUAGUAUACCAUGUAUUUAAUAGAAAUCCAUAAUAAAUAGCAUCCAACUACAGCCUUUCAAUAUCGGUUAGCCAUUACGGUAAAAAAACAUUUAUAAAAAGCAUCCGUGAAAUUAUAGCCAAAUUAAGUUCGCUUAUUAAAUAUAUGUACCUAUAAACCCUCUUAGAUAAACAAUAAAUAGUUAUGCAUAUGGGUACAUAAAAUAAGAUAGAUCUACCACUUAACUGAGACGGUACGUUACAAGAUACUCUACCCUUUGACCGCUAAAGAAGGCCACAGACGCACACGGUUACAGUGUCAUAUUGUCUUCAUGCAAUGCAAUUUUACGAUGAUGCGUUAUAAUUAUAAUAGGCACGGCGUUCAAAGGGUUAAGAAGUAAGUCAAUCAAAAUAUAACACUUUAACAGACUUAGACCCAAACUUUACUAUGGAACCACUACAGAUUUACCUCAUCAAUCGGCUGAGUUAAGUGGUAGACCUAUAAUAAAUUCCAUUUAUUAUAAAUAUGUAUGAAUUAGUGCUGUGAGCUUGUGAAUAACUCGGCGCUGUUAAUUUUUUUAUAUCAGAACUAUUUUAUUCCAAAUUGUAUAAUUAUGUUUGAAUAGACUAUGAAGUAUUGUGAUAUCAAGUAUAUGUUAUAAGUGAAAAUGACUUGUUUACAUUGUAAAAAUAUGUUAUAAACUUGUAUAGGUUA